AUGGAUGCACCCUCAGAAGAGAUUUUCCGGGAAGCUUUGAAGAAACGGCUCGAAGGAGUCGCAUGCCAAGCAGGGUUGAAAGAUUUGGGAAUUGGCCCGGACAAGCUGCGGAAGCUGUCAUUCUGCUUGGCCGAAGCGAAGCGAAUGUUGCUGAGGGCAUGGUUGAAAGACGAGGCUGUUUCCAUCUCCCUGCAGCAGGACGAGCGACACCAGCGUCUGUUGGUAAGAUUCACAGCAGCAUCAGCUACUUUGCAACGGAGAUCUGGGGUGUUGGGACUUGCGAAAAACUUUGGGAGCUGUGCCGGCGCAGUGAGUGCAGCUACAGAGAAAGUGAUUCGGCAAUUCUGCACCCUCUGUUGCGAAGCCCCGGGUCUGAAUCGCUCCGGUCUUGCGGCAGAUGAGGGUCUUCUCGAGUCGCUGCGAACCAAGAUCGAGGUCAUUGUUGCCGACAAUGCCAGCGACGAGCAGAAGGCAUCAGCUCUCUUGCGGAAGGAUUUCUGCCCCAAUAUUCGCCUGACCCUUCGUGAUUGUGCACAUGCCUCCAGAAGGACUGGGCUUUCUGGUCUUGAGAUCAUCAAACGUCCAUUCGACGCAGAGCCAACUCUGAGAGACAUCAUGCAAUGUGUUUUCUUCGGCAAGCACAGCAUAGUUGCCGCCAUCGAGAACAGCUUCCUUUUCAAAAACAGGUUCGAGCAUCAUGUCAGCCGAUCAGCCAGCGAGGUGAAGUCAGUGGUUCGUUCACUGUCUUUGGCGAAGCAACGGUUCGACUCCACCCAGAAACCCAUCGGGCGGUUCGUCUUGUGGUUCUUUCCACUCCUGCAAACAAUCGUUGAAAUCAGUCGCGAGCGGCGUGGGGAAGACAGUGGCGACAAGGCAUCUGCCUUCCUGGCAUACAUUACCGAAGAGAUCGUUCUUCAGAUCGCCAUGCUCGCCGAUGCCGGCGACGAGGGGGAACAACUUGUACGACAGUUCGAUUCAGAAUCAGCUGCAUCAGAGGAAAUCGGGAUGAACAUCAACAAUUUCCUGACAAAGGUGUGUGCUUUGUUUGUCUCGGAUGAACCAGUUUGUGUCUUGACCGGCUACACUCGACACAUGAUUGACAUGCUGAGCCAGCGAGAGAUUCUGCUACCAAGUCUGGAUGGUAGGGGUGUUCGUACUAUCGGGGGUCCGAGUUGCAUAACUGCAGAGAUCUUGGACCGUUGCCUCGGACGUAUGAAAGUCUGGGUUAGGCUCUGCCAGUCGGUAAUCUCGCAUGAGUUCCCUGAAUGGGAUGUCCUUGCCAGCUUCUCAAUUCUACAGGUUGCAGGAAAUCAGAGAGACGGCAUGACAAACGAAGUGCGGGACCUGAAUAUCAGGCGCUUGGCCAGGUUCUUCAGUCUCGAGGAAGCCUUGUUAAGAUCUGAACUUGAGGAUUUGGCCGUCCUCGCACGCAACCAUGCAUCUGCCACUUCCUGCGACUCGGUGACAGCAUGGCAGCACACAUUGCAGCGAGUACGUGCGACCAAGAAACGUCGAGACCGACAUCCAUGCAGCACUUUGUUGACUGUUCUGUCGAGAUGGGUGGCAUGGACGCCAUCAACCAGUGGAGUUGAGCAAGCUUUUGGUCAUGGGACCCAUUUCCAGACCGCGAGGCAGUCCCACGCCUCAGAAGCCAGCGAAUGCCGGGACAUGGUUUUGCUUUUGGAUCAUGAUCCUCAGACUGAGGACCAGCAGAUUCGCUUGGCUCAGCAGGUUUGGCUUGCUCUUUAUGGUGCACCUCGACAACACAGUCAACCUCGUCUGGACAAGGGCCUGAAGCGCAAGAGCGAACCCACUGGAGACACAGAGCGUGGGUGGAUUCAGAAGCGGAGACUUCAAGUGCAGGCGAAGGUGCAGGAGCAGGGGGGCUGCCGAGUUCCGGCCUCUGAGCUUCUGCCAGAGACCGCCAAGGCUGAGUUGAAGUUUCAACUGGAUGGCCGAAUGGAGCGAAAACUUCAGGCACUCAAGGACGGACACUUGCUUCCAGAGGAAGCAGACGAAGAACUAGAAUUAUUUAUCCGGCAGUUGGCCGCCAAGAAAUCUGCACUCCUGAAGCCUCCUGAUCUUUCAGCAGGAGAGAAAAAAAGAGAUCUUCUAUACUCUGGGCCUUCCAAGCCGUGGUUUUUGGAGAACACUGCACAGGCAACAGUGCCUGCCUUCGUUUGUCCAGGUGUUUCUGGAGCUGUUCGACCCGCGCAAGACUCGGGCAUGCAGAUGGUGAGCUUUGCUGGAGAUGCAGAUGUCGUCAUAACGAAAGAUCUUAAAUCUUUGCCAGAGUUGGUUCAGUUAUGUGCCGUUCUUCGUGGCAGCUACGUGCUUGAUCUUCCAAUGUUGCGGGGUCGCCCUGGGCUCUGUCUGAAAUUCAAGGGAGUUGGCCACCUGAAACGGUAUGUUUGGCUGAGCCCGGCCUUCAAGCAGGAGCGCGAAGAUUUCUAUGCCGCUAUGCGACGGGUGGUUGACGACUGUGUGCGAAAGACUUCCUGGCGCUGGCUGGAUUCAGUGGACGAUGUUCUGGCUGGCAAGGGCAUGAGCUACAUGGCGUUGGUUACAGAAACCGAGAAAAAUUUGGAGGCACGUUUCUGCAGUUCCCUCACGGUCGAACCUUUCGUAGGCCGGAUCCUUCUACUCAACCAGCGCUCACCGGAGGUGGGUAGUGUGGGCGAGUGCGAGGUCAUUCGAGUUGGCACUGAUUUCUCCGGAAUGGGCAGCUUUGAGUUGGCGGCGAAGAAUGUAUGUCAUGCCCUGAAUGUCCACGUGGAUUGUGUCUUCGCUUGCGAGAAGGACCCAAGUUGUCAGUCCGUGUUGCUAGAUAACCACUGUCCCGAGAGAAUGUUCUCUGAUGUCGAUCAACGGGAUCACUUGGAAGCUCCUCCGUGCGACUGGUUCGGAGCUGGGUUCCCUUGCCAGGCAUUUGCAAGCUGUGGCUUGCGCCAGGGAAUUCAUGACCAGAAAGACCGUGGACUGUUAGUAGCACAUUCUCUAGACUACAUUCGGGUGCACCUUCCACAGCUGGUGUUCUUCGAGAAUGUUGUUGGGAUGACGCAUGCUCAGCACAGGUGGAUAAGACGUCGCCCGGAAGCUACGUAUCCACCCCGAGAACACAAACGAGGCUUCCAGAAUGUGACGGAGGCAUACAAGAGGAUUAGGUUCAAGGGGUCGGACCCAGCACGAGAUUGCUAUGUUGUGGAUUGUGGGGCUUCCUUGAACUGGCUAGCCUUUGCGAAGAAUGAGUGUAUGUGCCUCAUACGCAGCCGCAAUUCUCCUGAAAGCUAUUGGCUGAGCAAUCUCGGAAGAUAUCUGUCAACAGAGGACCGGUUGAAGCUGCAGGGUCAUGAUGUGGCUAUGAAGAGGCCAGUGCCUGAUAAGAAAUUGAGUGCCAUGCUAGGAAAUGCAAUGAGUGUCAAUGUGGUCCAAGCAGUUCUAAUGCAGGCUGCAUGGGCCAUGGGCCGUGGGCAAGCAUCGUAG